CUUUCUUCCUCUUCUGCUGUCUCUCCUCGGUUUCGGACGGUAAUUGGCGGCGCCGGCAUAGCAAUUGAGAAAGAGAAGCGAGUGCGCAACAUAGCCCAUUGCCUCCGGACUAUCUUGUGGGGCUUGCCCACACUGGCACGGCAAUGUCUACAACCCUUGGCUCCUUCAUAGCCGGCGGCGUGGCGGCAUGCGGCGCUGUGACGGUAACCCACGGCUUUGAAACCGUCAAGAUCCGACUGCAAUUACAGGGCGAGCUGAAGGCCAAGAGUGAUGCGCCACGGUUAUACAAGGGAGUCUUCCACGGCGUGAGCGUCAUUCUCAAGAACGAAGGACCUAGAGGCUUGCUCCGGGGGCUGGGCUGCGCAUACGUGUACCAAAUGACUCUAAACGGGUGUCGUCUGGGCUUCUACGAACCAAUACGCAAAACCCUCACAAACGUCGUCUACAGCGACCCCACGGUGCAAUCCUUUGGUAUCAACCUGUUCGCCGGCGCCUCGUCUGGUAUCCUUGGUGCCGCUACCGGGUCGCCCUUUUUCCUCGUUAAAACCCGCCUGCAAUCGUACUCGCCCUUUUUACCCGUAGGCACACAGCACCAUUACCGCAACGCUCUUGACGGCAUGCGGCAGAUAUAUGGGGGAGAAGGCGUAAAAGGCCUCUACAGAGGUGUGGGCCCAGCCAUGGUCCGCACGGGAUUCGGCAGCUCUGUCCAGCUUCCCACGUAUUUUUUCGUAAAGAGGCGUCUGGUCAAGCAUCUUGGUAUGCAAGAGGGCAUGCCGCUGCACGUUGCGAGUAGCACCGCCAGCGGCUUCGUCGUGUGCUGCGUCAUGCAUCCCCCGGAUACAAUCAUGUCGCGCAUGUACAAUCAGACGGGCAACCUGUACUCGUCGGCCUUUGAUUGUUUGUCGCGCACGAUAAAGACGGAGGGCUUGUUUGCCCUGUACAAGGGCUACUUUGCACAUUUGGCCCGAAUUCUGCCACAUACGAUUUUGACGCUUACGCUUGCCGAGCAAACGAUAAAGGUGAUGCGCUUGAUCGAAGAUCGCAUUCUACCAGAGGGAGUCAAGGCGAACAUGUAAAAAAAAAAUACAGUAUUAACAAUGAACAAGAUGAAAGAAAACGACCAAGAAU